CUAGAGGAACCGCUUCAGCCUCUAGAUGAGGACAGCGCAUGCGCAGUUAGAGACUGGGAAUGUCCGAGUCCUCCCGAGGAAUGUCACCGCGGACAGUGUACACACCGGAGGAGGGGCCGGUGGAGUAGAGAGGAGUCUGUGUCCGCUGAUCCGUUACUUCCUCCGUUACCGGGGGCUUGAUGCGUGGCAGGCGCCGGGACAAACUUUAGAAUCCUGGCUCUAUGGAGUGCACCAUCCCGGCCCAGUGCCAGCUGCUCUUCCGAGCCUGUGAGGACGGGGAUGUGGACGGUGCCCGCAGGCUGCUAGAGCCCGAUACAUCCAGCGGCUCGUCCUGCAUCGGGAGCCGGGCGGGGGAUGGCGCCGCGGUACCCGACACUCCCGGAGAGAGCUCGCCUCUGGUUCCCGUAGACUGCACGGACGAGGACGGUAACACCGGGCUGCAGCUGGCGGCGGGGGGCGGACAUGAGCCCCUGGUGCGGUGUCUGCUGAGGAAAGGGGCCUCUGUGGACAGCAGGAACCACUAUGGCUGGACGCCUCUCAUGCAGGCUGCCAGGUCUGGACAUUUAAAUGUCGCAUAUAUACUUCUGGAGAAUGGCGCCGAUUUCAACGCUCAGAAUCGUCUAGGAGCAAGUGUCCUGACGGUGGCUUCAAGAGGAGGCCAUGCAAGUGUAGUCAAGCUGCUUCUGGAGAGAGGAGCUUUUGUGGACAAUUAUGACCAUUUUGAUGUCAACCUAGUGAAUAGCAAAGGCCACCGAGAGGAUAUGCCCGAGAUCACCGCCCUGAUGACAUCUGCCCAGCAUGCGCAUGAGGCAGUGGUACGUUUAUUAUUGGACUGGGGAGCUGAUGUGAACUAUCGUGUAAAGACAGGAUGGAACCCAUUGAUGUUGGCAGCCCUUCAUGGACGGGUCAGUGUGGCCCAGCAGUUGGUAGAUAGGGGUGCUGAUCCGGAUCAAGUAAACAGUUUGGAUAAAACACCUUUUGAAAUUGCCUUGAGCUUCAAACACAAAGACAUGAAAGAUUAUCUGGAUUCUAUAACCACAAUUAGACCUAAAACGGAUGAAGAAAAGAGGCGACCGGACAUUUUUCAUGCAGUAAAAAUGGGCAAUCUGUCACUAGUUAAUGAGAUUGUGGAUGAAGAUCCCAGUCAGGUCAAUGCUGUUAAUGCAGAUGGGGCAUCUCCACUGAUGAUCGCAGCAGUUACUGGCAAACUGGAACUGGUGCAGCUCCUGGUGGAUAAGAAAGCAGAUAUUAACAAGCAGGACAGUGUCCAUGCCUGGACGGCGCUCAUGCAAGCCACCUACCAUGGAAACAAAGAAAUAGUGAUAUACCUGUUAAAUCAAGGAGCUGAUGUCAAUCUGCGUGCAAAAAAUGGCUACACCGCGUUUGACUUGGUGAUGCUGCUGAAUGAUCCAGACACUGAACUUGUGCGACUCUUAGCAACUGUAUGUCUGCAGGCAGACAAAGAGAAGUCAAAGCAGAAGAAUAAAACCUUGUUCUCUAAUUCCAAGAACAAGCAGCCAUAUACCAUCCCGCUUCCACCUGAUGACAAAGCUGGAUUAAAGUCAUGGUGGAACAGGAUGUCUAAUCGUUUCCGCAAACUGAAGCUCACCCAGACCCUAAGACAUGGGUUCUCCUCCAACCGUCUCGUGCCUUUAACAGAAAAUGCUAGUGCAUCUCUUGACUCUAUGUUGAGAGCUCCUUCCCAGACAGAUAUAAGCAAUCCACGAGGACGGGAGUCUGGUACAGCUUGGACAACAUCCUCCAAAGACAGUGGACUGGGAACCACAAAAACUGAGAAUGCUGAUUUACUACUGGCUACUAUGCUAAAGAAUGGCGCUCCUUUUGCUAAACUCCCAAAUGACAAGCUGAAGGCUGUCAUUCCUCCCUUUUUGCCUCCAUCAAACUUUGAGCUGUGGAAUUCUGAUCGGUCCAGGAUCAGUAAGGAUGGGAAACUGGAGCAGACUCGCUCUUCAAUGGCAAGGCUCUCGAAACCCAACUUUAACAGCAGUGGAAAUUCUGAUAUUACUUCGGUCAGCAGAGCUCCAAGAACAGUCAAGUUUCCUUCCUUGCCAAGAAGUCCUGCUUCACCUUCAAAUUCAGGCAACUUUAACCAUUCUCCACAUUCAUCUGGUGGAGCCAACAGUAUUACAGGUGGAAGCGCAGAUAAUGUCUUGUCUCAAAUUGCGGCCCAAAGACGAAAAGCAGCCUCUUUAUCAAGGCAGAAAGAAGCUGUGCCACAGAGUCUGGUCAAUACAACCUGUGAAUCCACGGUCCCUGAGCAGCCAGCUAUCCUCCCUACUAGCAAUGGACAUUUACAAAAGAAAAUUGAAAUUGUGAUGCGACCCCCAUCUGGGACGUCUUCAACCUCCAAGAGCACAUCUCCUACACUAACACCUUCACCAUCUCCCACACCAAAAGGACGUCUGGCUGAGUCAUCUGUAUCGUCUUCCUCUUCUCAUAAGCAGUCAAAGAGCAGCGGAGGCUCCAGUAGUGGGACCAUCACUGAUGAAGAUGAGUUGUCUGCCAUCCUCAAGAAGUUAUCAUUGGAGAAGUACCAGCCCAUUUUUGAAGAGCAGGAAGUGGACAUGGAAGCUUUUCUCACACUGACUGAUGGCGACUUAAAGGAAUUGGGGAUAAAAACAGAUGGUUCCAGGCAGCAGAUUUUAGCAGCAAUUUCAGAACUAAAUGCAGGAAAGGGUCGGGAGAGACAGAUUCUACAGGAAACCAUUCACAAUUUUCAUUCCUCAUUUGAGAGCAGUGCCAGUAAUACACAGCCAGCAGGGGCUCACCAGUCUCCUCGUGUCUGUACAAAACCAAAAGCCUCUGUUGCCAACAAAAGGUAGCAUUGCGUUUUCCCUGACCAUACACAGACUUCAUAUCCUGAGUGAACAAAGCAAAGACACCAGCGCCUUGUCACAAAUGGUGCAUAGACACUGAAGCAUGGUUCUACUUAUCACCAUCUAGAACACUGCGCACCUCAUGGUAUAAUAUGGAUAUAUAGAGAAAACUACUUCAAGCAAAAGAAGCUUUAUUCAAGCGGAAAGUUCCAAGAUGUUUAAAAUUUCUUAUCACAACCUAAUAUAUUUAUUCUAAAUCUACAGCCUGAUUGACUCACGUACUUAAUUUUACUCAUACCCCAGUUAAGUUCUGUGAUGCAGCACGCUAGAGAUGAGCAAAGUUACAGUGAUUCGAUUUGUCACGAACUUCUCAGCUCGGCAGUUGCUGACUUUAUCCUGCAUGAAUUAGUUGAGCUUUCAGGUGCUCCGGUGGGCUGGAGACUCUCUCCUAGGACAGUAUCCACCAUUUCCAGCCCACUGGAGCACCUG